GAGCACUGAGUCCAUUUGCACUUACCCUACUGCAACUCUUUUAUUCAAGCCCAACGCCUGAUUAUCUUGACCUGCAAUGUCUGCCCCUACUAUCUCUAAACUCACUCCUAACUCUGGCCCUGUCGGCACCACAGUACUCAUCUCUGGCACUAAUCUCGCCAGUGCCACCACGGUCAGAUUUGGUGCCACUACUGCGACUAUUCUCUCGAACACCAGCACAUCACUUUUUGUCACAGCCCCAACUGGUACUGGUACAGUCCCAGUAGUCGUAACCACUGCAGCUGGUUCCAGCACCCAAAACCUGCAGUUCACUUAUAAUACCACUCCCUCUGCUCCAGUCAUUUCUCUCCUUUCUCCGACCAGCGGGCCAGCGGCAGGUGGGAACUUGGUCACAAUCAACGGCACAAAUCUUCUCUACACUACCGCAGUCAGCUUUGGUGGUACGCCUGCCACCAGCUUCGCUGUCCUUUCCAACACUCAAAUUUCUGCAGUCGCGCCAGCAGGAACAGGAACUGCAGCAGUCAAUGUGACCAACGCAACUGGUCCAAGUAACAAUUUAACAUACACCUACGUUGCGGCUCCCACUGUGACGUCAAUUACGCCAGUAUCUGGGACCACAGCAGGCGGGAAUACUGUUACUAUCAAUGGUACAGGCUUCACUGGUGCUACAGGAGUUACAUUUAGCACUACACCAUCCCCAUCUUUUGCCGUCAUAUCACCAACCGUAAUGACUGCAGUCGUUCCGCCAGGUGUUGGGACUGCCCCUGUAACAGUCACAACAACUGGUGGUUCCACUACUGGCCCUAACUAUACUUAUAGUUCUGGACCUGUAGUUACAACCGCGACUCCUUCUGUGGGCUCCACAGCUGGAGGUGAUACUGUUACCAUUACUGGUAGUGGUCUUGGAGGUACCACUGGUGUGAAUUUUGGAACCACUCCAGGGACUAUUGUUUCUGUCAGUGAUACUUCAUUAGGUGUUGUUACACCAGCAGAUGUUGCUGGCACGGUUCCAAUCAAUAUUGCCACUACAGGUGGCACAAAUAGCUCAAUUAGCUUCAGCUAUGUGAGUCCACCAGUACUUACUUCAAUCACUCCAACUUCAGGACCAGCUGCAGGGGGCACAGUGGUGUCCAUCACUGGGCAAAACUUGGCCAGUACCACUGAUGUGGUCUUUGUCUCAGCAACUGCAGUAGUUGCAGCGGCAAGCUUUACAGUCAACUCUGACCUCAGUAUAUCUGCAACUUCACCUGCCGCAGCAGCAGGGAAUUACGCUUUGGAGGUUGUCACCACAUCAGCCACAUUCGUGCCUUUACCACCAAUUCUUCAACAGAAAACAGGCACAGCAGGCAUAUUUUAUCUAGGCAACAACUCUCAUGAUGACUCACAACCCAGGAAAAUUGGUCAGAUUCAACAUCUACAAGAAGGCUGGAUUCUAGUCAGUGUGACAUUGUGA